GCUCCUGCCAACGCUUCCCCUCCUCCUCUUCCUCCUCCUCCGCCCAUCACCGCCACUACGGACGCCUUCGCCUCCAUCUACUCCCCGCGCCGCGGCCGUCGCUCUCCGCGCUCGCUCCGGCUUCCACCAGCCCAUCGCUGCCCGCUCGCUCGGCUGCUGCAGUCGCUCUCUCUUCUCUCUCUCUCUCUCACUCGCGCUCUCUGUCGCUCUCCCUCAAGUUUCCCGUCUCCUCAGAUCAGGGCAAAGGGAGGAAAACACCCGAUUCUGCCUGCUGUCUCAGAGCGACAAUGAAGACGAAAUUAAACACCUACAACAUGCAUUUGCUUCUUCUUGUUUUCUUGCUGUGGGACCCAGCCAGGUUGGUGCUGGCUAACAUCCAAGAAGAUGAAGCUAAAAAUAACAUUACCAUCUUUACAAGAAUUCUAGACAGACUUCUGGAUGGUUACGAUAAUCGGCUUAGACCAGGACUGGGAGACAGUAUUACUGAAGUCUUCACUAACAUCUACGUGACCAGUUUUGGCCCUGUCUCAGAUACAGAUAUGGAAUAUACAAUUGAUGUUUUCUUUCGACAAAAAUGGAAAGAUGAACGGUUAAAAUUUAAAGGCCCAAUGAACAUUCUUCGACUCAACAAUUUAAUGGCUAGCAAAAUCUGGACUCCUGAUACCUUCUUUCAUAAUGGGAAAAAAUCGGUAGCUCAUAAUAUGACAAUGCCUAAUAAGCUUCUUCGAAUCCAGGAUGAUGGGACUCUGCUGUACACAAUGAGGCUUACAGUUCAAGCUGAAUGUCCAAUGCACUUGGAGGAUUUUCCUAUGGAUGCUCAUUCGUGUCCUCUGAAAUUUGGCAGCUAUGCAUAUACCACUUCAGAGGUCACUUAUAUUUGGACUUACAAUGCAUCUGAUUCAGUGCAAGUUGCUCCUGAUGGUUCCAGGUUAAAUCAAUAUGAUCUGCUGGGCCAAUCAAUUGGGAAGGAGACAAUUAAAUCCAGUACAGGUGAAUAUACCGUAAUGACAGCUCAUUUCCACUUGAAAAGAAAAAUUGGGUAUUUUGUGAUUCAGACUUAUCUGCCUUGCAUCAUGACUGUCAUUCUCUCCCAAGUGUCAUUCUGGCUUAACAGAGAAUCUGUUCCUGCAAGAACUGUGUUCGGAGUCACAACUGUUCUAACAAUGACAACUCUAAGCAUCAGUGCUCGGAACUCCCUCCCCAAAGUGGCUUAUGCAACCGCCAUGGACUGGUUUAUUGCUGUUUGUUAUGCAUUUGUGUUCUCUGCCCUAAUUGAAUUUGCAACUGUUAACUACUUCACCAAAAGAGGAUGGGCUUGGGAUGGGAAGAGUGUAGUCAAUGACAAGUCCCCUUCAAUAAAAGCUGAAGGCAUUACAUUAACAUACAACUCAGUGAAGGCAAUUCUUCAAGGAGCUAAGCUAAUAUGGUCCAAGUAUAUAGCUUUCUCAUGGCCCAAUUUAAUCCAAGGAAAGACUUUAGAGUACUUAGAGAAGUGGAUGGACUGUAUAACCUUCAAACAAUCUUCUAAAAAAGAAAAAGCCUCUGUCAUGAUACAGAACAAUGCUUACGCCGUGGCUGUUGCCAAUUACGCCCCGAAUCUUUCAAAAGACCCAGUUCUCUCCACCAUCUCCAAGAGUGCAACCACACCAGAACCCAACAAGAAGCCGGAAAACAAGCCAGCCGAAGCCAAGAAAACCUUCAACAGUGUUAGCAAAAUUGACAGAAUGUCUAGAAUAGUUUUCCCAGUUUUGUUUGGUACAUUUAAUUUAGUUUACUGGGCUACGUAUUUAAACAGAGAACCUGUAUUAGGGGUCAGUCCUUGAAUCUAGACACAGGUGAUCUUUGGGAUGUAUAGGAACAUACAACUUUGUUUGUUUUGCUAUGUACAGUCUGACUAAUAACUGCUAAUCUGUGAACCAACAUGUACAGUAUGUAUAUAGCUAUAUAGCUUACCAGUAGACCUCUAAUGGAGACACGCAUUUGCUAACUUGCGGAACCGCAGGCAGAAAGCACCCCGUGCCCAAAGAGCCAUUGCCUUUUUUAAAGAUUUACCCUAGGAACUCGUUCAAAGUGGAUUUCACGUGACCUGAUUCAUUUCCUACUGUUCUAAUUGUGAUGAAAAUGGGGAUCCUAUACCACACUUUAUGAACUCUUUUGAUUUAAGUCUUAAAUAGAACUAUUUUGUACUGUUGCCUAACGAUAACGUAAGAUAACGUUUUCAUUCCAAGGGGAAUUCUUCUAAAUCACAGAACUCGUUGUAUCUGCCACAUCAGUGCCCUUCAUGAGUGCUCAGAAUCCCUGCUAGUGUAAUUGGAAGCUUAGCACACAUCAGAAGAAAAACUAGAGAUCUGAAAUCAGCUUUUAAUUACUCUGUAUAGCAUCUAUAGCACAUAUUACAGCAUGACAAGCUCAAAUAGUUAAGAGUCACUCCUGACAGAAUGUUAAUUAUGCCUAGAAUUUAAUAACUAUCAGAAUGUCAUGGCCAUUACAUUUUGGCAUCAGAGUUUAUUUGAAAGUAAAAUUCAAAUCCUACAGAGUAUUAUAAUCAUUGGAAACUACCUUAAAUUAAAACAAUAAAAAUAAAAAAAAAAGACAAAUGUGUCUUACUCUUUCCAGGUAUGUGUUGUAUUGAAAUUGAUCAGCUAAAUUUUCUUGGUGCUGGAGACUGGAAAAAGCAUCCAGUUUGGCUGCUGUGGAACAACAUUCACAUUGGAUUAGAAAAUUGUGCCAAAAACUCCCACUGAUGAGAAUUCAUAGGUGUCACAGUAUCUAGAUGAGCACUUAUACGAUUCUCUUCUUUCCUGUUUACUGCAAAUUCUGCCUUAAGGCUUCUUUUCAUCAGGACUCAGAAGCCACUAAUUACAAAGGAAAGGGCAGUGAAUUGGCACAUUUUUCUGUCUUGAAGCAGUGCUUUCAGAUAAGAAUUAUGUAAAUCUGCUUUUGUAAAUUGCAACUUUAAAUUUCAUUGACUCAAAUUUACAACAGCUUUGUAUACCAGAAGAGGUUUUGGUAAGAGUUGAACAUUUUUAAACAGAAACUUUAAAGCAUCACCAAAAGAUUGUGGAUUAGUUCACAUGCACAAAUAUAAACAUGCACACACGUAUACACACACACACACACACACACACUAACUAAAUUAGAGUGCACACACAUAGCUAAAUUAGAAACCACAAUUUUCAAUUUUAUAUAAUUACUGAAUAUUAAUGGGUAAAAUUCAUUUUUCUUUUAAUAUUUAAAAUAUACUCUCUAUGCCCCUGAAAUAUGUUAAUAGAAGUUAACAAUUGUGUCUCAUGCCUAGAUUUAAGAUUUUUGGCAAACCCAAAAUCCUUUUGACUCACAUCUACAUUAGCAGUUAUUAGUUGACUUUUACUAAUAGAUACACCUUUAUGAUGGUGUUUUUGUAGAAACAUAAGUAGUCAAAUAGUGGCAUUUCUUGCAGUUUUGUACAGUAUUUCAGUAUAGUGCAUAAAUAAGUAUGUUCAUAAAAUCAAUAAAAGAAGUAUCUUAUGGAAAUAAGCAAAAUCACAACAAAAAUUGCUAUUCCUUUGCCUCGUUUAAAUUUAUUUUUUUCAUUUUCUUUGUUUUAGUGUGAUUCUAUUAUGUGCUUUGCAUGACUGUAUUAAUACCAAGGUCACAAAUGCAUCUUAUUAACAGAAUUUGCCAUGAAGACAGGCUUGACGUUAAAAGUUCCCUCACAAAAGGUAAUCCAUAAUCCUUAAUAAAAUAAAAUUGUUAACAUGAGCUAAUAAAUGUAUUUCUUUAAUUCCCUCCCAAUUACAGCUUAUUUGUCAUCUAAAUAGUUUUAACACAUACACUUUAUUUAUAUGUUGAAAUGGAAGAUACCCCAUUUUCCUACACACUUAAAUAUAACAUAGAUCUGUAGAGUUUAGGGAAGUGUGUAAGAGUCUGAGAACAUGCACCUUGCUUGAAGGCAAGCAAUAAAAAUGCUUUGUACGGUAUACAUUACUUUACACUUUAAAAACAUUGUGCUUGUAAGUUCUACAUUUCCCCCUUAAUAUCUGACUCUAAAUUAUAAAUUUAUAAAUAUGUACAUAUGUAAAAAUAGUUGUAAAUAGCAGUUUCUGUAAGACAACAGAAGAGACUCCUCUUUCCCUUUGACAAAGGGCUGCGCCUACAUCGAUGACACCAGUUUCAUUAAAAUUUAAGGUAGAGUGGCCAGAAAAGUUAUUCUUGUUAUUCUUAUUUUUAGUUUGAAUUGCCAAAAUCUUAUUUGAACCUAAUAACAUCCUGACAGUUCAGAUUUUCUGAUGAUGUGGAUUGGGAUUUUUGAUUAUUUCUCUCAUGUAUUUUUUUACACAUUUCUCCAACUUUUAAAAUUUAUACAUCAAAGGGAACUUUUGGUGUUUCUGGAGAGAGGGAGGAUGCUGCAUGGAAAAUUAUUUUAAAUCAUAGAACCGUAGUGUUUAAAAUUAUUCUGCUUAAACCAUUGUAAAGAUGCAAAAGAAAAGUGACACAAAUUUAUUAAAAUAAGACCAAAUUUUCAAGAAUUACAUUUUUAAUACACUAUCAGAGGUCUCUUUGGCCCCCAUUAUGCCUAUUUUAUGCAGUUGCACAUUGACAUAAAGAGUUAUGGUAUGUACAAAAUGUAGAUAAGUACAUGUACAUAUAUUACAGAUAAAGUCUCAUUUUUGUAUAGCUGCUGCUCUGAUUCAGCUAAUAUUUAUUCAACGAAUAUUUUUUUUUACCUCGUACUGUGUGUCACAUCAUGAUGGUGUUAAUAACACUCAUAUUGCACCCUCAGAAUUUAGAUGAAAAUUAAAGUGCAUCUCCUUCUUCUAAAGACUGAAAAUCAAAGAUGAAAUGGAACACGUGAAUUAAUUUAGCACUGAGAGUUGUUUUAAUAAGUUAUAAGAUCAUGAGUGUGCUAAGAUAGUGUCUGUUUUGUUUUUUCCUCCUAUUCGUGUUCCUAUGUUUUAAAUACAAAAACGGAACAAAUAUAACCGGUUAGUAAUUAUUUUAAACUUCCGUGAUUUUUAAAAUGCCAGUGUUACUGCUUAGCAAUCUUCAGGGAUCUCUCUCUUUCGAAUUUAUCUCAGGUUUGAAUAAGUGAUCCCCUUGAGCGAGAUUUCCAAUUUUUUUCUUAAAUAUUUCAUAGUUUAUCUUAUAAAGGACAUAGAUGCUAUUAUUUCACUCAUAUAUUUCUUUGGUGUGUGUGUGUGUACAUAUAUAUAUAUAUAGGUAUAUAUAUGUACACACAUAUGUGUAUGUAUAUAUACACACAUAUAUGUAUAUAUAUGUAUACAUACGUACGUAUGUGUGUGUGUGUGUAUCUCAUGUGUUUAUGAUGUGGUUCUUUUUAUAGUCCUGGCUGAGGCUAAGGGAACUGAACUCUGCCAUGAUAUCGUAGAUUGUAGAGGGACACCAAAGCUCUAUGGCAUCUGUUUCUACUGUAUUUGUCUCUACUAUAUUUGGCAUAGCCUAUCAUUUCAGUGGGAGGACAAGGGAAAUAAAUCAAGUCACCUUCUGCAAAAUCAUGUUUCUUCAGCAUCAAGAUUUUUUUCAAAUGCUUCCUUCUUGAUGCCUUAGACAAUACCUAUGAAGCACUGAAAUGUUUAUUAUUUAAUUUGCGAUCCAAGACCAUAUCAAUAGGUUGAUUAGUAUUAAUAACUUUACCAAACACCAAAUAUUAAUAACUUUACCAAACAUCAAACUGUAUAGGUUGAUCCUGUUCUUCGUCUUGUAACAGUCUUACAACCAUCUGCAUAUUUUUGAAACAACUUCCAGGAUUUUUUUUUUUCAUAUAAAAAGGUUUGGAGUUUUAAGGGAAUCAAGCUAACUCAUUGUUACCCUGUAGUGCAUUUUUCCGUGUAAUUGAGGUCUCAUGGGAACCGUGGGUUUCCCUCUUAUUAAUCCAGAGUAUACAGAAGCAUAACAUUUAAACUGGGAAGGGCUGUGGUUAUUUUUAAUAAUCAUGCUUGGAAGCCAGAGACACUUUAUAAAAAUCACUCAUAACAGUGUGGACAAGACAAAUUAUAAUCUUUUUCUUUAUUGAAUUCAUGCUUAAAAGAUGAAAUUCAGUAUUUAAUGAAAAUUUUAAUAUCCAUCUUUCAUAAUCAACAUUUGUAUAAAAGAUAAUAAUGUUUUCCAUUAGUGUAAGCACUCAUAUUUUCAUCAAGUUCAGAACAAAUUCAGGACCUCAAAAAUAGUGAAAGAAAUAUCAAAGAGAAAAACUUCCUGGAAAAAAUGAGUCUGUUACUAAUUAAACCCAGUGAAGCAUUUUCCCUUUUAACACCCAAGAAAAGGGAGAAAUUAAAUAUGCAUAAAUAUAUACAGAAACAUUUAACAGUUAUGAUUCUAUCAUGGUAAGCACCAUGAUUAAAAUGCUAAAGUAGAUGGAGUUCUUGUGAAGGCAUGUGGGAAUGGUAAUCAAAAAAUUAUUCAAAAUCUAUCUGUUUCUUAUCAGAAUUUUGUAUCCUCAUGUUUUUCUUGAAAAUUCUUAAUCAUCCAACAUAUUUGGACCACCGUUUUCAACUUUAUUUAGUUGAAGUAUUCUGUAUUUGUCUGUAUAUGUAAAGAACAUCUUCUUAUAUACAUACUAAUAUACCCCACUUCAAAUCACUGUCUCUAUGUUGCAGUUUAUACAUAACAUCACUUAAUAUGUUGCCUGAUGGGAAGAACCACUGAUAGAUGUUUCAGUUUAUAGUAGUCUUCCCCAAGAACCCUUAAUAAGUUCUUAGCUUUGAUUAGAAAAGUGUGUGUAUGUGAGUGUGUGUAUGUGUGUGUGUGUGUGUAUUUGCAGGUAUGAAAGAACAUUUUGAGGAAUUCAAACAAAUUUAUACAAUUUAUUUUAUUAAUGGGCCCAAUCCCAAAUGUAGCUCUUAUUACUAGCAAUUAACUUAGUCAAUAGAAUAGUUUUUUCAGUAGAUCCAUAACAAACAUACUAAUUGGAAUUUAGUCUUGAGCCAUACAUAUGGUUACAUAUAUCCUUCCUAUAAAAGUUGUUAACAUUUUUCUGAUGUACUUCUAGUUGGCCCAGAUGAUUUCACAAUUCUGCUUGUAAGGCAGGAAAGAAAAUCUUUGAAUUCCAAGUUUCUCAAUGGAGGUUUGUAAAAGCUUUCAUUAAAUUGUAUAUCUGGUUGAUCGUAUGCAGUCCUCUCUGUAUGCAUUACUGGUUAGUUUCAUACCUUUUUGAAUUGAAAUGGUUCUGAGUUCAUUCUAAGCCCUUCACAUAGAUUACCUCAUUCAGUCCUCGCAACAACCGUAAAUCACUGUGUGAUUCUUGAAGUUCUGGACACCAACAUGCCAACCCAACACAUAUUUUAGACGAAGUAAAAAAAAAAAGCUGUAUUUUUCUUUGCUUUAAUUCAAAUUUAUAUUCAUACAUUUUGGGGAGCACCAAUCCAAUAAAAAGACCACUAUCUGGUUUUCUGUAUGACAAAACCAAGCAAACAGCAAACACUAAACUGUACAGCAACCAAGAAUCCAUUUUUGUGAAACUAGUUAUUCAUUAAUAUCAGUCACAAUUUAGUUUCUAGGAAUAUGUUGCAUUUUUAUUUUUUGAUCCAUAGGUAAUGAUAAUAUAUAAAAAUGCUUAGAGUUGAUUAAGAACACUAUUUUGUUUUCUUCUUUAUUUUCUUCUCUCUCUCUCUUUUUUUUCUUUUUCUUUUUUUUUUUUUUUUGCCAGUUUUGUUGGGGUCAGAGAGGUUUUGUUUUUGUUUACCAUAUCGUUGGUUUCAUGACAUUUAAACUCAUUGGACUACAAGGAUUAUGUAUUGACUUCAUCAGUUUGUUGCAAGUUACUAUUUAUAGAAAGAAGUCUACAGUGGCCACAAAUAAAUGCCAGAAUUGGGAUUGUCAGUGUUGAAUUAGCUCAGUUUGUGUGAAAAUUUCAGUUCUUCAUGCUUUGUUUUAGAAGACUUACUUUACCAAUAGCAUACUGUCAAAUUCCAGCCUAUGUUAUUGAAUAAAUAUGAGUGUCUCCAACAAAGUUUAUUUGUGAGAACAAAUCAUAUUAGGAAAGCAAAACAAAGAAGUUAGGUAUAGAAUUAAUUUAGACAUAAUGGCUGAUAGAUUUGUUCCCAUUUAUUUAUUUUAAAAAAUCUUCCACAUAGUAAUUGAAGCAUUUGACUGUUUUAAACUCUACAUAAUGUGUGAAAUUUGAUACAUGAUUAGAAUGGUCUAAAUGAAACUGAACUUUGAGCCCCAGUUUUUACAAAUUAAACUUUACCAUCCAUGGAUAAAUCCUCGAUUACUUAUUGAUCUUAGGUGCCUGCUCCAUAAUUGAUUUCACGUUUAUUGGGAUCCAAAUUUUUUUCAAGAUUCUUCUGAGCAUAUACAAAUUCAGGUUUUGGUGGGCUCUAAAAUGAGGAAUGUGACCUUUCAUGAAAUAUUCCCUUUGGAGUUGACAUGCAUGAAAACUUAUGAAAGCUUCAUAUUUGUUGCUAAAUUUGAAAAAAAAAACAGAAAUGAAAUGUUUUUCCCUUGCUACACAUUAAUAAUAAAAUUACAUGCAUAGGGAAUGCAUGAUAAAUCUCCAACACUAAACUUUAAUUAUUCACAUUAGGUGAAAUUUGAAAUUUUCUGGGUGACAAUACACUUGUAUGGUAGUUUUUCUCAUUUGAGAAAAUCAUUUGGGAGCUAAUAAUAUUUGUAAUUUGUGACCUUGUUGUAAUUGGGAAAAGUCACUAUUUUUCACAUGUGUAAGAUAAUUUGACCUUUAUUGAAUGUCAUUCAAUAUGCUGUGUCAUUAUGCUUGCUGUUUAAAAAAAGAUACUAAUCAGUCCCAUGCAAAUUAAUGCUAAACAUCAUCCUUUUGUACUUAUUAAAAUUAAUUUAAAUAUA